CCAGUUACCCACUGGGAACAGGCAGAGCCGAUACUGUGACCCUGGCCACAACCCAGGGGCUCCAAAUUCUGAGCCUCUCCUCCUGCAGGGGCUCCUCCCGUCCAUGGUCUGUGUGCUUUCAUGGAGACCCCUCUGUGGUCCGCUGUCUGUCUGUCGCCUGCCUCUGCCAUCAGGCUUGGAGCUUCCCCGAACCCUCCGGAGUCUGUCCAAGCCAGUGGCUCCUCGUGCCGCUCACGGCCGGCCUUGCCCCGGGCUGGCUCUGUCUCCUCCUGUGGGUCUCAGCUAAUGGCGGACCACGGACACUGACCACCUGUGGGAAGUGAUGCGCCCCGGCCCCUCUGUCACACCGGCCGCCCCAUUUUCUCGGCAGUCCCCACCACUGAUGGUUGCUGUAUUUGGGUCUUUGUCACAUGGCUCCCCCAGAGAAGAGAGAAGCCUGCUCAGAGAGGUUACUGAAAACAGGAACCUGACCUUCUGCAAGUCCCACGCCUUCCUCAUUUCUAGCAGAGGAAGUGUGUGGCUGCUUUAGCAACCACUGUUCUUGAUAGCUUGGACUUCUCUACACCCGCGGAGGCCUGGCCACCUGCUCGCUCUGCGGGAGCAGCGGCAGCUGAUGGAGAGGCGGUGACGGUGCUCCUGGCAGUCGCUCCGUAGCUGCUCCCAGGGGAGACCAUGCCCAGCUUCUGAAGCUCUCGUUCCUGGUGCACAGCAUCAGACCACAGGCAGCACCAAGCAAGCCCCAAGUCAACUGGGCGGACGGUUGGACACAGUGGACGGACAAUUGAGGCAACAGGGCCAUGAGCCAUUGUCUGUCCCAACGCUUUCCCCACUGUAUUUGAGAACGCUGAGGCCAAGGAGGAGAAGAGACCCGCUCGAGCUUGCAGUGAGUUAGCUGGCCACCCAAUACCACCAAGGGAUCUAGCUUUGCAACCUAGCCAGAGAAGGGUAGCUGGUGAGUGCCUCCCACACGACCGAGGGCAACUCCCUGCAGCCGUGUGACCUCUCCGUGCCGUGUGUCCGCACUGCCCAGAGGUCCUUGGGGAUCUUUCUUCCUCCCCGUGCAGCAAGGCAGCGGCACGGCCGCUGGGAAAGGCCGUCGGUGCCAAAGUCAGGAGAGGCGUCCCGCAUCUUCGACAGCCCGGAGAGACAGAGCGAUGGGAAACAGUAUGAGAUCCGCCCCGGCACCCCCCGAGAGGCCCGUGCCCAGCCCAGAUGGACCGGACGGUGACUUCCUGGCCGUGCUGAGUGACUACCCAUCCCCUGACAUCAGCCCCCCCAUAUUCCGCCGAGGGGAGAAAUUACGCGUGAUUUCUGAUGAAGGGGGCUGGUGGAAAGCCAUUUCCCUUAGCACUGGCCGAGAGAGUUAUAUUCCUGGAAUAUGUGUGGCCAGAGUUUACCAUGGAUGGCUGUUUGAAGGGCUGGGCAGGGACAAGGCGGAGGAACUUCUGUUGCUGCCGGACACGAAGAUGGGCUCCUUCAUGAUCCGAGAGAGUGAGACCAAAAAAGGUUUUUAUUCCCUCUCGGUGAGACACAGGCAGGUGAAGCAUUAUCGCAUCUUCCGCCUUCCGAACAACUGGUAUUACAUCUCCCCGAGGCUCACCUUCCAGUGCCUGGAGGACCUGGUGAAUCACUAUUCUGAGGUGGCUGACGGUCUCUGCUGUGUGCUGACCACACCCUGCCUCACUCAGAGCACGGCCGCCCCGGCAGUGAGGGCCCCCGACUCACCUGUCACCUUGCGCCAGAAGACCUUUGACUGGAAAAGGGUAGCCAGACUGCAAGAUGACCCCGAGGGAGCCAGGAACUCGCUUGGCGUGGAUGAGUCCCUUUUCAGCUACGGCCUUCGGGAAAGCAUCGCUUCCUACCUGUCCCUGACCAGCGAUGACAGCACGUCCUUUGACCGAAAGAAGAAAAGCAUGUCCUUGAUAUACAGCGGCAGUAAGAGGAAGAGCUCGCUCUUCUCGCCACCAUAUUUUGAAGACUAGCCUCAGAACAGACACCGUGGCGUGUGCCCCAAAUAACGGAGGUUUGAACCGUCACCUGGAAUCUGGCAGAGAGGCCCGGGUCCCUGGUCCCUGGGGAACCGCACACCUUCCAGAAGCCACGAGAAGGCACCUGGAGACUUGAACUCACAUCUUCUCUAGCCACAUCACGACCAAGGGAGCCCCUCCCUGGCGUCUGAUCAGUACUGAGACGUCGCGGAACGUCGCUGAAUCAGGAUGUGAUCUGGCAACACUUCAGAAGAGCCUGCGCAUUCGUGUGUGCUUAUUGUGUUUGUGGGAAAGAUAAAGACAUUAUCUUACAAGAAAGGGCACAAGACUGUCCUCGAACAAACUGUCCAGAUGGUCACACUCUGAGCUCCUCAGAGAUAACUUCUCAAUGACGAAGGCCUGAGAAGGAGAUGAGCUGAAAGCCGUGGCCUGGCCAGUCUAGGUUUGCAAGUUGGUCUCCUGCGUUCAACUUUUCUAACCCAACCAUAACCAGACCGUUGGUAUGCAGCUCCCCUCUUUUUAAGGGAAUUCGGUGACACUAAACACGUUAAUCUUCCCUAUUAUCCCUGAAGCAGGAGAUCCUGUUGGCCUCCUGGUGUCAGAGCCUCAUGUACAGAAGUCAGAUGGCCUCCCUGCUUCUGCAGAGGGCAGGUGGGAGAGAGGGAGGCCGCCUGCAGGGAAGUGUGAGGGUAGCCCUGGAACAGGGCAAACUCAUGGUGUCCCCAGCCAUGGUUCUGCAGCACAGGAAGGGCUUCUCCGACCCACUGAGAUUCUCACCAGUAAUAAUGCAAUUAUUCACUCAUGAUUGCCUGAAGAGGCACUGUGUUGGGUCCCACGUCAGAGAAAGGAAGGAAGGAAGGAAGGAAGGAAGGAAGGAAGGAAGGAAGGGAAGAAGGAAGGAAGGGAAGAAGGAAGGAAGGGAAGAAGGAAGGAAGGAAGGAUCAGCAGAGGCACUCAGCGUAGACAGGGAAAAAAGUGUACAAACCAAUAUCGUGAAAGAGGGGUAUAAAAAGGAAAUCAGCUCAUGGCUCGGGGGUGGGGAAACCGGAUCAGGUAAGGGUGUCCCAUGAGCUCACGUCUCAGUUGGACUUCAUAGAGUAUGAGUUCAGCUGGAUUGAGUAGGUGAGAAUGAUUGGCUUUUUCGGAGGGAAAAAAAAAAAAAAAAGGAAACUGAUUAAUUCUAAAGAAUUAAUUCCUCCA